AUGUCGCAUAAAUACUUUGAACGUGCAUAUUCUGAUUGGAAUAUUUUAGGAUUCUUGAACGAAUGUGAGGUGGAACCUUUCGACCAGAAGUUAUCAUAUUAUAUUUCGUGCCUUAAAAAAAUAGCUAAUAAUAAAGAAGAAGGAUACAGGCGCAAAAAAGCGCAGGCCUUGCUUGAUCGAUAUAAAAAGGCGAGUAUUAGAACUUCUAUUGUUAAAAAUGCAGGUCCACUGUGUUCAAGGCUAAAAGCUGACUCAGUACCGGCCCUGUUGGAGCCCAGACGAUUCUCCGAGGAGCCUAAACCCGACUACAAAACAGCUAGAAAGUGGGAAGGGGAGCGCAUUAAUAAACAGAUCCACCUCCACAAUCCUACAAUCAUGAAUGUAAAAAACGGAAUCGGAACUAUAGGAACUAUAGAAACUGUGAAUGAGUUGGUUGCUGGAUCAAAGAAAGAGAGUUCUUAUUUACAAUCCGAUGACGAUGAUUUUCAACCUGCUAUAUCUAACACUCAAAAGCGUAAAAAAAAUCUAUCAAUAUCGAAAAAGAAUAAAGAAUCGGUUGUCCCUACGGAGGCUGAUGAUGAUAAAGAUCCUGUAUCAACUGGUAACACAAAUGGUUCAAAAAAGCGUAAUAGGAAGUCAUCUAAAGAAGAAGAAAAGUCCGACAUAUUAGAAAAAGUUGAAUAUCAGGAUGAACCGGCUGCAAAAAAAAGUAGGCAGAAGGAAACUAACAGUACUAAACGUACAUUUGUGUUGAAAUGGAAUUUAUAUGAGGAUUUGAAACAAAUAGUUGUGGAGUGGACCAUUGAUGAUACGAACAUAAGUGAUUCAUUUUUCCGUUUCAAGGGUUAUGCUGAAUCCAAAGCAGAUAGAUGUGAAUUGACAUUCUCAAAGCAUCCUGGCGAAAUUCUAUUAGUUGACAUCGCUCUUAAUUCCAUACUCCUUUUAGAGGAAAACUCUGUCCGUGUACAAUUGGAUAUUUCAUCAGCCAUUCGCACAAAGAUUUUUGAGCAAAUGAGGGCAAUAUACCCGAGACACGAUUUGCCGAAAGUGGUUGAAGAAAUAUGUCGUCGAUGUGCUCAAAUUGCCCGAAAACAGACCAGAGAGGCUUUAGAGGAAGAAAUUGACAAUGCUUAUAAUGAUUUAAGGACGAACUUGAGUUCAUCCGAUAAAAAAUUGUUGAGAACUAGUCAGAAUGUUUGGAAUCACAUUGCAGAGAAUUGGCGAACAAGUUUUGAUAGUCCUCAAACAAUAGAAGAUACCCACGUACAUCAUUCAAUACAUCCUUUUUUACGUCCAUUUUUCCCCGACGGACCGGAUAGGACAAUUGAUUGGGCAAACAAGUUGUCGUUCGUAAGCGCAUCUAGGAAAACAAAUGACGAUGACGAAGGUGAAGGACAUAAACCCGACUUCACAAUCACAGUUAAUAAAAGAAGUGGCAAAUUUGAAAUUGUAUUUGGGCUAUUCAAAUCGCCUUACAAAAGUAGCUCUCAUUUCGCAAAUGUUGAUUUAGUGGAUUUAGGAGUGUUAAUGAAAGACUCACUAGAUAACAUGUAUAAAGAGAAAUGUCUUGAAUUAGAUAUGACUGUAUUUGGAAUUCAUGCAUUUGGUUAUAAUGUCCGUAUAUAUGCUAUGGACCUUUCAUAUGAUGCUGUAUAUAGAAUGUAUUUGAUAGGAGAAUUUGAAAUGCCAAAAAGUAAUAUUAGCCUGUGUUUGGUUGAAAAUGUGUUACAAGAAGUAGGAAAUUUGAAGAAUUUCGUAGAAGAAUAUAUUGAGAGACUUCCAUCCUACACCACUAAUAAUGACAACAUUAUAAAAACUCCAACCGAAAAGAUGAGAAUGACUAGGAGAACGGUAGCAACUCCUCGCAAGGUAGAGUUGAAGUUAGGCAAUGUGUAA